GACAGAUCCGGUAGAGAAUCUUUCCAUCGAUGCUGAUAAGCGGGAGACCAUUUUAGAGGAUGGCCGAGUUUCAUUUGGAGCCAGGUUCCGAAACUUUCUGAUGGAUGAUGGAUGUGUGUUUGGUUACUAGAUUUGGUUGGACGGAAUUGUACUCUGUACACGCACACCCGCACACACACUCUCUUUCUCUCUUUCUCUCUUUCUCUCUUUCUGUUCCUGCGCUCUCACUCAGAUAGGUAUUUGGGCAUCUCAUCCAAGGGGCGAUUCGGAGUAGUCCAGGUGGGAUUCUAUCUGUCUGUGCCUGACUGGCACAUUGUGUUCAGGUUCUCCUCACAUUCCUUACCUUUUUGCUCGCCGCUAGAGAUAGAUGCCUUGGCCCAGUUCACGUAUCUAACUUAACCUUGCCCCAACUUGACACACUUUUGCCAGCGCGCUGUGCUGAUAGUUUAUUACGUCUCAUCCAUCAAUCCAAUGUGCAGCUCCAUCGUGCCGAUGGAAACAUAGGGAACUUGGAAGGCAGUACAUUGGAAUAAGACAGAUCGGAUUACAGAGCAGGCAUGG